AUUUAAUUUAAAGAAAAACAAAUUACGAGAUGAUAAAAGAAUAUGAUUAUCUGUUCAAAUUAGUUAUUAUUGGUAAUUCUGGAGUAGGAAAGAGUUCAUUAUUAUUGAGAUUUGCAGAUGACUAAUUUAGUGAAUCAUACCUUACAACUAUAGGUGUUGAUUUUCGAUUCAGAACAUUACCAAUUGAUGGAAAAAAUGUAAAAUUAUAGAUUUGGGAUACUGCUGGUUAAGAAAGAUUCAGAACAAUAACAAGUGCAUAUUACAAGGUAAUUAAUAAUCAUUAUUUUAUUAAAGGGUGCUGAUGGUAUUGUUAUGGUAUAUGAUGUCACUCAAGGACAAUCUUUUGAUGAUAUUGAUAAAUUUUGGUUGCAUGAAGUCGAGAGUUAUGGGGAAAAAAAUGUUUAAUUAUUAGUCAUUGGAAACAAAAAUGAUUUAGAUGAAUAGAAAGCGUAAGAAAUUUAUUUAUUUAAACAAGAAUUGAAACAUCAAAGGCAGAAGAGUAUUGUAAAUCUCAUAAUAUGCUUUUUAUGGAAUGUAGUGCUAAGACUGCUGAUCAUGUAAAUAAUGCCUUUCUAGAACUCUCAAGAAAGCUAAUGGCUAAGAAAGAUGCCUCUUAACCACCAAAAACCAAUAAUAUGACUUAAGUAGCAUCAUAAUAAUCAUAGGCUAAAGGGUAUUUCUAUGCUUUAUAUUUUUAUAGAUAAAGUAGUACUAACACUACAUAAUCAAAUAAACUUAGUGCUAACACUUCAAAUUAAAAAAAAUAGAAAGAUGGAGGAUGCUGUUGA